UUCUCAAAAUAAUCCCUCGUGCUGGCGGCUUUCCACCAUAGACAUGUAUACGCUCUCCAGCAGACAACGAUUUCAAUAAAAAUAUGCAUCAUAUAAUAUACCUUUCAUGAUAUUCCUGCAUAUAUUUCUGCAUAGUAAUAUAUAAAUGUCGUCGGAUUCUGGAGAAGAGUGGCAGGUAGUUCGACGGGGAAAAGGUGCAUCCAGGACAUUUCGAUCUCACCAACAAAUUCCCUCUGUAUGUCUUCAGGAGCAGCUGGAUGUUGAGAAACUUGUCAGACGGAUCAGAGACACAGUGUCUGACCUGAGAGCUGAAGAGAUUUGGCAACAGUGGAAAAAUCAGCUUCUAGUUUCAACAUCCCUAUCAAGACCUUCAGACAGUCUGAAGACUGAAGGCCAGCAGGACAAGGACUCAGAGGCGACAGUACGCCAGCAGCAGGAGUGUGUGUGCUAUGGCCUCGGCUCCUUUUCUUCAUGUGUCUCAGCCCGCUACCAGCUGGCCAUGUUGCUGCUGCUACUGGAUGCAGAACAUAUUCCCUUGAAGGAUUGCUCUCUUUAUGAUCCUGCAUUCUCCGUCACAGAAAAGGACAUUUUAAGAGAGCUGGGUUUGACUGUGCUCACAGAAAAUGAGGAGGGGAAGCGUCUGGCCUCUAAGCCCACCUUAUUUUAUCUAAUGCACUGUGGAAAAGCUCUUUACAACAACCUGCUGUGGCAAAACUGGAACCCACACUGUUUGUCUCUGGUUACAAUCAUCGGAAACUGCUUCAGCGGCAUCAGAGAGAGGACCAUCGAGAGGGAAUUGAAGCAGGAUUACAGCUACAUCAGCAAAGCUGUGGAUUUGUGUGAAGAGAGACUUCUGCCUUGUCCUUCCCGUCUGAUAGACGUCUUCAGUGAUACAGCAGUUAUCACUUUUCCUUCAGAGCGACUGAACAAACUCCCCUCAUCUACGUGGACUGACUCACCUGAACCACAAUACCAACAUUGCUCAGAUUUAGAAAUUAUACUGAAACAAACACCCGUCUUAGACUCUCCAGUGAUAAGUCCUAGCUAACAACGGGUGUUUUUUCAAGCCUAACAUUUAUACACCUUUUUUAAAAUAAAUACUCAAUCUGACAGAUCAG